AUGAAAAAAAUCAUACAUAUAAUCUUAUUUAUAUUAUUAAUUUUAAUCGAUAUCUCCAUUUGUGGAACUGACUACUAUCGAGUUUUGGGUUUACCCCGAAACGCCAAUGAAUAAUAAAUAAAAAAGGCAUUUAAAAAGUUAUCUUUGAAAUACCAUCCUGAUAAAAAUAAAGGCAAUCCAAAAGCUGCCGAAGCCCAAUUUCAAAAGAUUGUUGAAGCCUACGAAGUAUUAAAAGAUCCUGAAUAAAAAAGGAUAUAUGAUUAAUAUGGGGAAGAAGGUUUAAAAUAACAUGGUUAAUAAUAACAAAGUAGGAAUUAAGGAGCUGGUUUUGACGAUAUUUUCAGUUAAUUUUUCGGAAGAGGUGGUGGUGGUGGUGGAGGUGGAUUUUAGUUUAAUUUCGGAGGCGGAGGAGGUGGUGGAUUUUAGUAAUAAUAAUAAGGAGGAAGUAAUAUUUUCGAUAAAUCUGAUGUAUAUGAACUUGAUAUGGGUGGCUUAUCGAAAUUCUUAAGACGAUAAGAAGUUUGGGUGAUUUUAUUUUAUAAAUCUAACCAAAAAUAAUCCGUUGAAUUAUAAGAUUCAUAUAAAGAAUUAGCCUCUAAAUUUUACGGAAUACUAAAAAUAGCCUCAAUAGACUGUAUUGAAGAAGAUACUUUAUGUGAGGAUGAAUUUUAGGUCUUCGAAUCACCAAAAAUUAAGGUUUUUGCGGCCAAUAUAAGAUCCGAAGGGCAUGAUUAUAAAGGGAAUAUGAAAGAUAUUUAAAAAUUGGCUAAUUUUGCAGUUUCUUUUAUGGAAAGUUAUGUCAGGAAUGUUAGAGAAUCGAAUUAUUAGGAAUUUAUUAAUGAAAGUUAGGAUAAGAAUAUAAUUUUACUUUUCACAUCUAAAAAAUCAACUCCGCCUUUAUUUAGGGCUCUUUCAAAAGAAAUGAAUGGGAAAUUGGUUUUUGGAGAAAUUAGAUAAAGUGAAUCAAGUUUAGUAAAUAAAUUCAAAGUUGUUAGUUUUCCGACUAUUUUAGCUCUUACUGAUAAUGAUAAUUAUAUAGGAGUCAAAUACGAAGGGGCAUAUAAGAAAGAUUUCAUUAAAAAAUUCUUAAGGGAAUAUGCUUAUACGACUAAAAGUGCUAAUAAAAGUGCACAAAAACCUUCUGAAGUUAAACUUUUGACUCCCAAUAUAUUAACUUCAUAGACUAAUUGUGGUAAUAAUGAUACUUCGAUGUGUUUAAUUGGUAUUUAUGAUGAAAGUAAUGAAUAAAUAUGUAAAAAAUUACUUGAAUAAUUAGCUGAAAAUUACAUAGGGUCAAAAUUGAAGUUUUUUUAUAUAGAUAUAAAAAAUAUUGAACUCGAUAAUAUUUAUGAAAGUGAAGAUGACGACAACAAAUAAACUCCAAUGUUAAUUAUUGUUAAAGGAAAAAGAAAUAAAAUUACGAAAUAUAAUUAAACUUUUAAUAUUGAGAAUUUAAAAAUUUUCGUAGAUGAUAUUUUGGGAGGAGGAGGUAGUUUCAAAAAUAUGCACGAGUAGUUAAAUGGAAAUGUUUUCUAAAGUAAAAAAGAUGAUUUGUGA